GCGCGACGUCGUCAUUAGCACUACCGGCGUUGGACGUCGCGUCACUGGUCUAUAGUCUUCGCCAACGCUUACGGUCGGUCAGAGGUGUCACGGUUGACACUAUAGGGCACCGUUGUUUCACUACAUUACUAUCACUAACUAGUGCAAACAACACCCCAACACCUCAAUGGUAACGCGAAUGUGCGCGAUUGUUAUGUUGGACACCGUCCAUGCCUAUCCGUUUUGUGAUUGUCUAAAAUGAGGCAAAUCCAACUAAUAGCCUCUCAUCGAGAAGUUACAGAAUAUUAAUUCGUUAGCUUCAACAGAUCGUGCUACAGUGAAAAAACCAGAAGAUUUGGUGAAAGUGACGACACUUGAAAGUGAGUUUGUAGAGACGAGUGUCUCCGACGUGGAUGUUCCCUAGGGAACCGAUCUACCGAAAACCGACAAGUUAAUGAGGUGGCAAAGAGAAUCAACGAAUGACUCCAAUUCCUUAAUUACUGUAUUCAAAAGAUUACGAAGCGCUCCUCAUUUUUUAUAAGUUCCGUUGAAGAUUUGGUGAAAGUGACGACACUUGAAGUGGGUAUCUAAGACGAAUUUCUGCGACGUGGACGUUCCCCAGGGAACGGAUCUAGCGAAGACCAUGAUGUUAAUGAGGUGGUAAAGCGAAUCAAUGAAUCACUCUAAUCUCUUAAUCACUGUAUCCAAAAGAUCACAGAAGCGCUCCUCAUUUUUCAUAAGUUCCGCAAAGUCUGCACAAAAUCGGCGCUUUUUUUCAUUGAGAAAUCCAAAUCAAUUUCAAAUCGAAAAACUGCUUGGCUGAAUAAAAACACUGACUAUUUCCUAUAGCUGAAGACAUAGGUAUAUCUACCCACUGCCUGAUUUGUACCUCCAAUUCUCAUAAUUUCUCAAGGGUGAUUAAGCGCCUAGAUCACUACUUAUUCCGAUUUCACUUGAGAAAAUUUUCUAUCACCUUAUUUGUCUUAAUUCCGAAAAUCACUGAAGUUUCCGAUCAAGUGGAGAGAUCCUUCCUCUCGGAAACUUACCGUCGGAUCGCUGAGGCGACGCGCCAGCCAUUCCUAUCAUAGCUACAGGGGUUGCAGGUUCGUUUUCACGAUAACAACGUCAAAUACCUGCAUAAUAUUCGACCAUAAAACUUUCCGUCGGACACUAACGACAACCCCCUUCAGCUGCUAGCCCAUCCAAACACACCACACAGAUUCGAAUGCAAAUUCGUGAGAAGCGGUCCAUCAGGAAUCGUUGUUUCGAUUCUACCGCACCAAAAGUCACCCCCAAUGCGUUACGAAACAGCCUUGGAUCCGAAUUUUGACGCCAAAGUCAAAAACACUAUGGCCUACCAUCCUUUUCUGCAGCUGCCGCGUCAAACGGACUUCAGCGUAAGCUCGUUGUUAACCGCUGCAAAUAACACCACCGGUGGUGCUGGUGGAGGUGGAGGUACACCAACGACUACUCCAUCACCGGCUGCCACCCCCGGUUACUUUCCGGCUGCAGCCCUAGCCGCUUUCGGAGGCCAAGGACCGCACGGCUGUUAUCCCGGCACUCUGAUACCCAAGAUUAACCAUCCCCACCAUCCUCAUCAUCCUCUGGGAGCUCAUCCAUACACGACAGCGGAAGACGUGGUUUUAGCUGCAGUUGCUGCACACAAUCACCAUCCAGCGAUGGUGAGGCCUUUGAGAGCCAUCCAGCCUGAAGAGGACGGUGUCAUAGACGAUCCUAAAGUCACGCUUGAGGGAAAGGACCUUUGGGAGAAGUUUCAUAAGCUAGGAACGGAGAUGGUCAUUACAAAGAGUGGAAGGCAGAUGUUUCCUCAAAUGAAGUUCCGGGUAUCGGGUUUGGAUCUAAAGGCCAAGUACAUCCUCCUUUUGGACAUCGUGGCCGCGGACGAUUACCGAUAUAAAUUUCACAACAGUCGGUGGAUGGUGGCGGGCAAGGCGGAUCCGGAAAUGCCCAAACGCAUGUACAUUCACCCCGACAGCCCUUCGACAGGCGAGCAAUGGAUGCAAAAGGUCGUAUCAUUCCACAAACUCAAACUGACCAACAACAUUUCGGACAAGCAUGGUUUUGUAAGUACUACGAUCCUUAAUUCCAUGCACAAGUACCAACCCAGGUUUCAUUUAGUUCGAGCGAACGACAUCCUCAAACUGCCCUAUUCGACAUUUAGGACGUACGUUUUCAAAGAAACCGAAUUUAUCGCUGUAACCGCUUACCAAAAUGAAAAGAUUACGCAAUUAAAAAUCGACAAUAAUCCCUUUGCCAAGGGUUUCAGAGACACGGGCGCCGGUAAAAGGGAGAAAAAACAAGCGAUGCUAGCAGCUCGGCAUGGUAACGACAGUGAUAAAAUUUCCCAUCCUCUACCUGCAAGAAUGUCAGCUGACAGCAGUACCGUUUCAAAGACCGACGACUCGGAGCUGGACGUUGUCGGAACCUCCGACAGUCCCAGGCCCAGUUUGCAUCCCCCUACGCCUAUUACGACAUCGGCAAAUACAAGCCACGACGAAGAUGUAAUAAGGCGCCGCCUUCACGACGAUUCGGGUUCAGAAUCGAGUUGUUCAGAAUCGCCAGGCAGCACGGUGUUUCGGCCACGUCCGUCGUCUCCUAAGGAGGCGGCGGGUCCCUCGAAUCCGUCUGGAGAAUAUCCCUCGCCAAAUAUAAGCGUCGGUCCACCUAUCCAUCCACCGCCUCAUUUGCUACCGUACUUGUAUCCACCGGGACUGUAUCCGGGAGCCGGUGGUCCCCCUUUCGCACCCCCCUUAAGCCUAUUUACCGGCUCCCCCGCCCCAGGCAUGAAUCCAAGUUUGCUCUUUAACGCCCAGCUGGCACUGGCAGCGCAGCACCCCGCACUUUUCUCCCAUUACUCCAAUUUGGCUCAUCCCAGUCCGACGGGUCAUCACCUGUCCCCCACGUCUACGUUACAUAAUCACCUGAAAGGUGGCCACAGAUUUGCUCCGUAUCCCAUACCAAGCUCUACGUCGUCGGGAGUAAAUUCGUCGCCCCUAGGGAGUGCAUUCGAAACAGUUACCCCCAGCGGUCACACUAGGAGCUUAAGCAAUUCCCCUUCGAGCAAAAUACGUCAAGGAUCGACUUCCCCGCCCAUCAGACCCAGCACGACUUCUCCAAAGCCGGGAAGCACAUCGUCGCCAAACGAUCUUAAGAGUAUAGAGAAGAUGGUGAACGGACUUGAAGUAAAACAGACCGAUGAUAACGAGAAGUAGUAGUGAGAAAGACAUAUUGUUACAAUGUAUGUAUGUAUGUAUGUAUGUCCGUUAUGAUUUUAAGUGGGCGAUAUAGUGACAACGCUGCAGACCGUACGUUAUUGCUAUUCUCUACCGUUAAGGGAUUGAAUAAUAAUAAAUUAGUAAUUAGUCGAUAAACCUUGUCUAGGGAAUCGACUCGAACUUUUACUAAAAACGCGACUAACGAUUCGAAAAUUUUCCCAAACAAAUAUUAUCUAUUUAUUGAUGGAAACCCAUCCAACACAAUCGAUUUCUUAGACACGGCCGACAUUCCUUCAGAUAAAGGAUUUGAAAAAAUAGUACAAAAACAUUUAGAUUCGUUUGUUUGGAGAGCAAUAUUACUAUUAUAGUAGCUAGCUAUGUACUUUUCUAAGAUUUUUAUGUGGUGCUCAAUUUGAUAAUUUCCAUUUUAUUAUUACUAUUAUUAUACUUACAUAUACCUAAUACUUACUGUCGCAAUAUUACUUGUAAUAAUACGAUUCGAAAAUACGUAAAACCGGCGCCGCUACCCCUGAGCCCGUCGAGGGUUGGAGCAAUAAUUCGACCGAUUUGUUUCAGUUUCGUUGUUUUCCGCUGCAGUGCUUUGUUGGUUCGUAGUUUAAUUAUCUGCAAUGUUCCUUUUAAGUUUUUCUUUUAAUUUAUCGUCGUUGUAAAUAUGUACGUAGCCGAACCUGCGACUACUAUUAAUUAUUUAGUUUGUAUUGUACAUAUGUAGUACGCAUUCGCACGAACGCGCGCGUCGUUUAUAAGAAAGUCAACUGUGUAAAGUGUACAUAGAUACAAAAUAUAGCGUACCUACCGUAGGUAAAUUUAUACGUUUUCAUUGAAAAGAAGAAAGAAUAAGUCACAAAAUCAAGACCAGCCAAAGAGAAAUUUUAAAUUUGGACGCAUAUCUACAUGUGCACACGCGAAAACUGCAAUAACGAAUCGACUAAGUACUACAAAGAAAAAAAUAUAUGAUACAUAUACACCUACAUAUAUUAUAUAUAUAUAGAAAAAUAAAUUUAAUAAACGUACCUACCUAAAUAAUUGAAAAGAUUAAAGUAUCAGAAACGGACUGUAAAUAAAAUUCUAUAUCUACUGAAAAAAGUAGUUGCGCGACUUAGUAAUGAAAAGGAGGCUUUUAUAUGUUUUUCUUUUUCCCUUUUAUUAUUGAACAUUCGCUCAGUAACCGUCACUGGUUUUCAAACAAUGUAUAAGUGCGUUUGUAUAUCUGCUUAUCACUUUAAAAGGCUGGUGGUGACAGUGCCGCUGUUGUAUUAAAAAAAACAACUAGAUAGAAAUGUGUCAUGUGUACAUGUAAAGAAAUAAUUUUAACAAUAAAAAGAAAACUAUAUUUAAA